GCCCUGCGGCAGCGGCGGCUCCGCCGGGGGGCUUCGUGUCCGCCGCGCCGAAGGGAAGGGCGAGGAGGACGCUGCCGGCGGGGCGGACCCUGGCUCGGCGCAGGCAGCGGCGCUCCGCGGCGGGCUCGGGCUGCCGCCGUCCCGGCAGCGACGACUGUAGCAGCACUGCAGAGAGCACGGCCUCGGCCCGCUGCCGCCCGCUCUGCCCCCGGGGGUGCAGCCUCUCCCAGCGCCCGGCCCGCCCGCUGCAUUCCCGUUCGCUCGGCGUUCUGCAGCCCCCUUCCCCCGCCGGAGCGGCAUCUCUGCCGAAGCCUCCCCGGAGCGUCUCGGCUUCGUCGUUAGUGCCUCGCCCGGCAAGAGUUUGCUCGUAACGGUGUCCUGUUCCUGGCUGUGCCAAAAGCUGCUCUGCAAUGACUGCCACUGCAGAGAGAAGGUUCCUUAAGCUCAGGAAGCGGCUGGAUCAGCUGGGCUAUCGGCAGCCCUUGGGAGUGGAGAGUUUGCCUUUGGUGGAAAAGCUUUUUAGUGACCUGGUCCACACAACCGAGAGCUUGCGCAGCGCAAAGCUAUCUGCUGGGAAGAACGAGAAGGACAGCAGCAAUCUGGAUGCUCUUUUGGAGCCUUAUCAAACAGAGAAUGCUCAGCUCACCAGGGAAAACAACGAGCUGCACUUAGAAAUCUUGAAGCUGAAAGAACAAUCUGAGCGUCAUGUUAAAGAUUUGAAAGCCUCUUUAAGGAGGGUUGAACAUGAAACCUCUGACUUGAAAUUUCUGAAUAACCAAUAUGUACAUAAAAUUAAAAUGCUGGAAAAAGAGACCAAAGCCAAGACUGAGAAAAUCCAGCAGCUUCAGGAGAAGAAUCUGCAAGCAGUGGUGCAGACACCUGGUGGCAGGAAGAGAAGCAUUCCCUUCAGGCGCCAGCGCAUGCAGCUAGCCCAGCCUGUGCCCCCCUCGGGCGUCAGCUCCUACCCAGUGCCGCAGCCAGAGGACCCUUACAUCGCAGACCUGCUGCAGGUGGCUGACAAUCGAAUUCAUGAACUUCAGUCAGAAGUCACAGAGCUGAAGGAAAAACUGGAGAUAUCUGAGCGUGGACUGAGGAAUUCCAGCAGGCAGGUUGAGCUAAGAGACAAGGAAAUCGAGCGCCUGGCGCUGGCACUGGAUGCUGGACGCUCUCACGAGGUGAUCUGUCUGGAGUCGAGGAGUAAAAGCAGUGAGAAGCUUAUCAGCCAUUUGAAUUUGCAGAUUGACUAUCUUCAGCAGACAAACAGAGAGCUUGAGAAUCGCAUUCAAGACCUCCUGGACUCAAAACAAAAUGUGACCAGUGAGGUGGUCCAGCUGAGCAAUAAAAAUGAGGAGCUCUGCCAAGAACUGAAUGAGAUAGACCACCUGGCCCAGCAGUUGGAAAGACACAAGGAAAUUGUGCUGGAGACUGCAGACAAGGAAAUAGGGGAAGCAAAGAAAGAACUCGAAAGAAAGCACAGUGAAAUACAGGAUCUGGAAGAAACAGUAACACAGCUGAAAGCAGACUUGUGCUCAUGUCGUAGGGAGAAGGAGAGGCUGAGUGAAGAGCUCAUUGCAAAAACAGAGGAGAAAGGAAAUCUGGAAGUGUUGCUGAAGCAGCUUGAGCAGGAGAAACAAAGGCUGACAGAGAAAACAGACAGCUGGGAAGUAAAAGAACGAGAACUUGUCCUGGAAAUAGAAAGAAUGAGGCUGGAGUAUGGCAUAGCCCUGGGAGACAAAUCCCCAUCGCGCCUGGACGCCUUUGUGAGGACUCUGGAAGAUGACAGAGAUUACUACAAGCAAGAGCUGCAGUAUCUCCAGAAGGUGGUCAAGAGGAGGCCAAGCCCAAGCUGCAGGACUUCAGAGAAGAGUGAAGACCUUCGCCUGAUGACCAGAGAACGAGACGAGCUCCGCUCCAUGCUAGAUAGGUUUGAAAAGCACAUGAUAGAAAUUCAGUCCAAUGUCAAGUUACUGACUGCAGAGAGAGACAGACUGAAUGUCCUCUAUGAGCAGUGUCAAGGGGAGUUGAACAGGAUGAGAAGAGAAGCAAAGCACAGCUCAGUGUCUCAGAGCCAGAUGGCAGAAGAGAGAGACGUUGGACUGAGCGACUACACAAGGCUAAGGGCAGAGAAGGAAAGCCUCAGAGAAAAACUGCAGAUUCAGCAAGAAGCUGCUGACCUUGAGAAAGCAGAGCUGCAGCGUGACAUUGCUGAGCUGGAGAAGAAUAUUCAAGGAUUUGAGAUGGAAAGGUGUGAACUGAAGGCUACAGUCUCUGUCCUGAGAGAGAGAGUCAGCUCUCUGGAAAAUGAGUUACAACUGAAGUCCAGCAAACUGGCCCAGUCAUCUGAUGACUCCUCUCAGUUUAGAGCUGAGAUGUGCUCACUCCAGCUCUUAAAUGACCAACUGCAGAGGGCUGCUGAGGAUUUACAGCACCGAUUGUCUCUCAAGAAGGAUGAACUGCAGGCAGCUCAAGAUAAAAUUGUCAAUCUGGAGGAGAAAAUAGACAGGCUAAACCAGAAGAGCACUUCCCAGGAUGAAGCUGUCAGUGUGCUGAGAAAUACCAUCAGUGUUCUGGACAAGGAGAAGGACAAUCUGCAGGAAACUGUAGAUGAAAAAACAGAGAGGAUUGCAUGCUUGGAUGACAACCUAGCUAACAAGGAGAAGACAAUUGCCCACUUAAGGCUAACUCUCUCCGAGCUGGAGUCCUCGACCGACCAGAUGAAGGAGAUGCUGGGCAGCAGGGACCGGGAGAUCUCCAGCUUACGGCGCCAGCUCGACACAUCCCACCUGGAGCUGGCAGAAGCAGGGAGAGUGAAGGAAAUGGCCUUGAAAGAGAACAGGAGGCUGCAGGACGACCUAGCCACGAUGGCCAGAGAAAAUCAGGCUGUCAGCACUGAGCUUGAGGAUGCAAUCCGUGAAAAGGAAGAGCUGAAGACCAGAGUGCACAGCUACAUCACUGAGGUGUCCAGGUUUGAGACCCUGAUGGCUUCCAAGGAGAAGGAAAACCAAGAACUGCUGGAGAAGUUCCGGAUGCUGCACACUCAGGCUGAGGACUGGGAGAUGAAGGCUCACCAGGCUGAAGGAGAAAGCAGCUCCAUACGGCUUGAGCUCCUCUCCGUAGACACAGACAGGAGGCAUCUGAGAGAGAGAGUGGAUCUCCUGGAGAAAGAGAUCCAAGGGCACAUCGUUGCACACCAGGCCUAUGAAUCUCAGAUCUCUGCCAUCACCAAAAACAUGGCCAAGCUGGAGGAGGAUAUGAGGCGUGAAAACCAGGACAAGUCUUCUGUGCUGGCAGAUCUGGCUUCUGUGAGGGAGCUCUGUGUGAAGCUGGAGUCCAACAAGGAGCUUAUAGCUCGGCAGCUGACGUCCAAAAGCAUGGAGUAUGAACGGGUUCUAGCUGAAUUGGAAGACAUCAAAUCUGAGGCAGAGCUGCUGAAGAAGCAGCUCUCCAGUGAGAGGCUGACAGUGCAGAACCUGGAAACUCUGCUGGCUGCGAGCAGAGACAAAGAGUUUCAGAACCAUUUAACCUCCCAUGAGAAAGACUCUGAAAUCCAGCUGCUGAAAGACAAGCUCACCCUUGCUGAGAGCAAACUAAGCAGCUGUAACAGAGAGGUCCCCCUGCUCCGGAGUAAAGUGGCACAGCUGCAGACUGACUGUGAUGUUUUAAAGAGGCAGCUGACGACAGAGCGCUUCGAGAGGGAACGUGCGAUCCAGGAGCUGCGGCGCCACGGCCUCUCCACCUCCUCCCUGCGGGCGUCGCCUCCGCUCAGCUCCACGCCGAGGUCUCCCUCCCGGUCUCCAGAACGUGCCAGUGUCAGGACAACCGAUCCAGCAGCAGCAAAAAGUGUGAGCUUCGAAGAAUAAGCAGCACUGGAGCAGCUGAAGCUUCACUUUGCUACGAGCAAUUCGUGUAUGAGAUGAUGAAGGCUGACUUGUGUCCUACCUCUGUGUUCUUCCAAUCAGUGAUGCCCUGUGAUGAAGUGAGCAGCUUUGCAAAGUGGUUGCUGGUGCAGCUGGCUGAGAGGUGUGGCAGGGCCGUGCUGCUGGAGGGCGGCUGAAGGCUGCCUGAGCUUUGGUUGCUGUUCUACCACUAAUAAAGAUGAAGGAAAAGGAGCAGGAGGUGGCAAAGCUCUCAGUGUCAUUCGUUGGUCCCUCUUACUGGCAGCUAACACAGAUAACACAGGAUUGGCCUCAAAAGGCUGAGCCAGGCUCUGACACCUUCCUGGGGUUGGGCUUUGAAGGUGAUUUGUUUACAGCUCAUUCUGCAUGCCAUUUGGAAGUGCUGAGGACUGUUUUGUGAAGGUAUUUUACUGGACCUUUAAUUAAUAAAGUGUCAUAGUUCUGAUGAUUUUUAACUCAUCUUACAACUCCUCCUCCCCUGUUCUUUCACUUUGCUGUGAAACUGCAUUUUAAAGAUUAGUCCAAGGGUCAAUAAAAAGUGACAAAGGCUA